UUUGCCUCUCUCCUCAGCUUGUGAAGGUUACAGAAAUCUGGGAUGGCUUAUGGGACGCUUCUCAGCCCUAAGUAGGAAAACAGCAGUAAAAAUGGCAACCAAAACAUCACGCAGGACUGGGGGUCUUGGGGAAACAGCUCACUUUAGAGCAGUGCAGUGUAGAGCUUUCCGUCUUCUACCAGGGUCCACCUUUAACACUGUUUAUCUGAAAUUUUCCCCCGGCUUACUCGCUUGCAGCUGCCCACUUUGCAGGAGGAUGGCGCUCUGAUCUCUACGCUCCCAUUUUUUUUCACGCUUCGUCGCUACUACAGCAGACGCCUGCGUUCUCAUUAUUUGCUGUACAGAUCUCCGGUGCCUUGACUGUAAACAAAACACUUUAGAUCAUUGUGAGGUCGAUGUAAGCACAGCCUUUCUGCUGGCAGCCAGACUUCUUAAGGUGGCGUGACUGUGACUUGCUUACUUUUCGAGAUUAACAACAAAAAAGCGAUAAAAUGGUGCUUCUACAUAUUAGUUGAAAGAUUCAGCACGUGAAGGGGAUCGAAGUGUUUGUUUUCUACUUCCAUAUAAGACAUAAAUUCCAUGAGUAAAAUCAAACUUCUGUGGCAAGGUGAAAUACUCUAGAAUGUCUCCAUUUACAUACAUGUGGUAGUUUGGGUGUUUAUGCAUAUGGAUAGAUGCACAUAUAUAGAGUUCCUGUGUUGUAUAGCAAUUGUUUUUAAAAUUUGGACAAUUAUCUAAUUUCUGGGGUAAGGUACAAAUUAUGGUAGGGAGGCCUACCCUAAUUUUCCUGUCCCUUCUCCCCCAGUCUUCAGUCCAAUAAAUUGACAGCCUUAAAAGUAGAAAAACUAAAGAGGAUGAGACCUCUUGCUUGAUCCUAGGUGAAUUCUUUUCUGUCAGUUAGGUAGGAAGUCCGGACUUGAAAACUAGUUCUGGGCACAGCCCCCUUUACUGUUCUCUGGGUAUCACCCCUGUCCUUCUAGAGUCUACAUUUUAGUUGAACUAGUGGAUGGUGAUACCAAAGGCUCAUGACAGCUGCAUUUAAAUAUCAGUGACCACAGGCCACAUCAAGGAAACAUCUGCAGGCAACCCAGGGCCUGGGAAGGAGCCAUUUUCAGUCACUUGUAAGACAGCAGGACCUGCAGACUACAGCACAAUCAAACUCAGACAAAACCCUGAACCAGUGAGAACCAUUAGGAAGGAAAGGAACAGAAAAUGAACCAACCUGAGCGUUAGGAGACCUGCAUCUAGUCCUGACUCCGGUACCAACCGAAUGCAUGUCCCUGGAUAGGAAACCUCUCUGAGUCUCAAUUUCCUCCGUGGUAAAAAGGAGAGGGUUAAACCACAGGGUCCCGAGGGUCCCUUCCAGCUGUCACAUUCUGGAGUGUAUGAGAUGAGGUAGGCACACAAAGUGGACAAACAAGAUGUGGCUAAGAAAACAAGCUACACAUCAAGCUCAUCUGUAGCAUAGGUGCUUAAGAAAACUUUGCUGCUGUGUAAAAUUAGAACGGAAGGUUGGUUUCCAGUAAAAUGCAUUAACUUUGGCUCAAACCAAGAUGAUGGGUACUAGGCAUGGGGGUGGGGAGGCAGCUGAAGAUCCACUGAGCUUUGUCUCAGGGCAGCCCUGCUCAUCGUCCUACUUUACCUUCCACCAUUGUGCUCAAGCCCACAUUGAGAGAGAAAUUUCCAGCUGCAAAAGGGAGAAGAGAAACGCUGGAAUACUAGUAUCGGACGUUAGGACAUGGCUGUGGUUUUAAAAAUCAUUUCAUCAUCUGGAGUUUGACCCCGAGGGGAGUAUUUUCACCCUUCAGCCCUCUGAAAGCAUUCACUAGCAUCUGAAUAUUGUUCUGAGUUUGUUGGAGCAGUGAAAUCUGGUGAGAGAGAAGGGUGGAGGAAGGAAGGAGCUGUUGUAUUUGGCGGCUGGACUCAGGUAGAGGAAACUGCUACAAUCCCGGGAAAGAACAGAAAAGUAGAAAGAGACGAGUUCCCACACGCAGCCAAUGUCCAUGGCCUUAACUGUGCUUGGGAAGCAAGAUCCUGGGCCAGGGGUGUACCCUCGUUUUUCAAAACUAAACGUGUCUGAGACAGCUACAAAGUUUAUUAAGGGACUUCAGAGACUACUUGAGUUUUUUUUUUUUUUAUCUUGAGUUCCUUUCUUAUUUUCAUCGAGGGAAAGCUUGAGUUCAUGAUAAGUGCUGCGUCUACUCCUGGCUAAUUUCUAAAAGACGUUCGCCUUGGCUUCUUCCCUAGGCCCCCAGCCUCCCCAGGGAUGGCAGAAACUUCUGGGUUAAGGCUGAGCGAACCAUUGCCCACCGCCUCCACCAGCCCCCAGCAAAGGCACGCCGGCGGGGAGGCGCCCAGCCCCCCAGCAAACGCUCCGCGGCCUCCCCCGCAGACCACGAAGUGGGGGCCACUGGGGAGGGCCGAGCUGGGGGCAGCUCGCCACCCCGGCUCCCAGCGAGCUGCCGGCGACCUUCGCGGUCCUCUUGUCCAGGCCCCGGCUUCCCGGGCGAGGAGUGGGAGACAGGUCGGGGCUUAGGCGCCGCUGCGAACCCGCCAGCGCAGCGCCGGGCCCCGAACCCCAGGCCCCGCCCCAGGUUCCCGGCCGUUUGGCUAGUUUGUUUGUCUUAAUUUUAAUUUCUCCGAGGCCAGCCAGAGCAGGUUUGUUGGCAGCAGUACCCCUCCAGCAGUCACGCGACCAGCCAAUCUCCCGGCGGCGCUCGGGGAGGCGGCGCGCUCGGGAACGCGGGGAGGCGGCGGAACCGCGCCGGGGCCACCUUAAGGCCGCGCUCGCCAGCCUCGGCGGGGCGGCUCCCGGCGCCGCAACCAAUGGAUCUCCUCCUCUGUUUAAAUAGACUCGCCGUGUCAAUCAUUUUCUUCUUCGUCAGCCUCCCUUCCACCGCCAUAUUGGGCCACUAAAAAAAGGGGGCUCGUCUUUUCGGGGUGUUUUUCUCCCCCUCCCCUGUCCCCGCUUGCUCACGGCUCUGCGACUCCGACGCCGGCAAGGUUUGGAGAGCGGCUGGGUUCGCGGGACCCGCGGGCUUGCACCCGCCCGGACUCGGACGGGCUUUGCCACCCUCUCUGCUUGCCUGGUCCCCUCCCCUCCCCUCCCCGCCCUCCCGCUCGCCAGUCCAUUUGAUCAGCGGAGACUCUCGGCGGCCGGGCCGGGGCUUCCCCGCAGCCCCUGCGCGCUCUUAGAGCUCAGGCCGUGGCUCGUCCGGGUCUGUGUCUUUUGGCUCCGAGGGCAGUCGCUGGGCUUCCGAGAGGGGUUCGGGCUGCGUAGGGGCGUUUUGUUUUGUUCGGUUUUGUUUUGUUUUUUUGAGAGUGCGAGAGAGGCGGUCGUGCAGACCCGGGAGAAAGAUGUCAAACGUGCGAGUGUCUAACGGGAGCCCUAGCCUGGAGCGGAGGGAUGCCAGGCAGGCGGAGCACCCCAAGCCCUCGGCCUGCAGGAACCUCUUCGGCCCGGUGGACCACGAAGAGUUAACCCGGGACUUGGAGAAGCACUGCAGAGACAUGGAAGAGGCGAGCCAGCGCAAGUGGAAUUUCGAUUUUCAGAAUCACAAGCCCCUAGAGGGCAAGUACGAGUGGCAAGAGGUGGAGAAGGGCAGCUUGCCCGAGUUCUACUACAGACCCCCGCGGCUCCCCAAAGGCGCCUGCAAGGUGCCGGCGCAGGAGAGCCAGGAUGUCAGCGGGAGCCGCCCGGCGGCGCCUUUAAUUGGGGCUCCGGCUAAUUCUGAGGACACGCAUUUGGUAGACCCAAAGACUGAUCCGUCGGACAGCCAGACAGGUUUAGCGGAGCAGUGCGCAGGAAUAAGGAAGCGACCUGCAACCGACGAUUCUUCUACUCAAAACAAAAGAGCCAACAGAACAGAAGAAAAUGUUUCAGACAGUUCCCCAAAUGCCGGUUCUGUGGAGCAGACGCCCAAGAAGCCUGGCCUCAGAAGACGUCAAACGUAAACAGCUCGAAUUAAGAAUAUGUUUCCUUGUUUAUCAGAUACAUCACUGCUUGAUGAAGCAAGGAAGAUAUACAUGAAAAUUUUAAAAAUACAUAUCGCUGACUUCAUGGAAUGGACAUCCUGUAUAAGCACUGAAAAACAACAACACAAUAACACUAAAAAUUUUAGGCACUCUUAAAUGAUCUGCCUCUAAAAGCGUUGGAUGUAGCAUUAUGCAAUUAGGUUUUUUCCUUAUUUGCUUCAUUGUACUACCUGUGUAUAUAGUUUUUACCUUUUAUGUAGCACAUAAACUUUGGGGAAGGGAGGGCUGGGUGGGGCUGAGGAACUGACAAGGAGCGGGGUAUGAAGAGCUUGCUUUGAUUUACAGCAAGUAGAUAAAUAUUUGACUUGCAUGAAGAGAAGCAAUUUUGGGGAAGGGUUUGAAUUGUUUUCUUUAAAGAUGUAGUGUCCCUUUCAGAGACGGCUAACAGUUAAAAAAAAUCACAAAAAUUUGAACACUGGCUAAAGAGAAUUGCUAUUUAUUUUUACAAGAAGUUUAUUCUCAUUUGGGAGAUCUGGUGAUCUCCCAAGCUAUCUAAAGUUUGUUAGAUAGCUGCAUAUGGCUUUUUUUAAAAAGCAACAGAAACCUAUCCUCAGUGCCCUCCCCAGUCUCUCUUAAAGUUGGAAUUUACCAGUUAAUUACUCAGCAGAAUGGUAAUCACUCUAAGUGGUUUGGGGCAAAAAUCCGAGGUGCUUGGGAGUUUCGAAUAUUAAGAAUUGACCAUCUGCUUUUAUUAAAUUUGUUGACAAAAUUUCUUCAUUAUCUUUUCGGGCUGUGUAAACAGUCAAAAUAAUUCUAAAUCCCUCGAUAUUUUUAAAGAUCUGUAAGUAACUUCACAUUAAAAAAUGAAAUAUUUUUUAAUUUAAAGCUGACUCUGUCCAUUUAUCCAAAGGAAAGUGUUAUUUUUAAAGGAAGGUUCAUGUAGAGAAAAGCACACUUGUAGGAUAAGUGAAAUGGAUACUACAUCUUUAAAUAGUAUUUCAUUGCCUGUGUAUGGAAAAACCAUUUGAAGUGUACCUGUGUACAUAACUCUGUACAAACACUGAAAAAUUAUACUAACUUAUUUAUGUUAAAAGAUUUUUUUUAAUCUAGACAAUAUACAAGCCAAAGUGGCAUGUUUUGUGCAUUUGUAAAUGCUGUAUUGGGUAGAAUAGGUUUUUCCCCUCUUUUGUUAAAUAAUAUGGCUAUGCUUAAAAGGUUGCAUACUGAGCCAAGUAUAAUUUUUUGUAAUGUGUGAAAAAGAUGCCAAUUAUUGUUACACAUUAAGUAAUCAAUAAAGAAAACUUCCAUAGCUA